AUGUGGGCAAGACAGCCUGCAAUAACUACAAGAGGUUCGGAGCUGGCUGUUCAAUUUUGAAAAAUAAUCCUUACAUUAAUGCGUUAGGCACAUAUUUCUGAUCAAGAGUACUAACAAAUGAUGGGUUGUAACUUGGUAGAUGAGAAAAAAUUUGACCUAGAGCUAUAGUAGUAUUUCUCAAGUGCAAGAAAGAGACAUUUUCUUCUCUACAAAAAAUUCUUUUCUUUUCCUUAAGAUUUUUUAAUUAGAGAGAGGCUCGGGUGUUUAAUUAAUGGUGUUAUUUAUUUGUAUUCAUUUGAAGAGGCAAAGAAAAGAAACUUAAAUGUAGUCUUAUUAUUUGCUAAGAAGAAUUGUUUCUUCUCCUGCAGGGGAGGUUCAACUACCACCUAACUUUUUUCCUUGGCCAACAAACGAUGUUUAAUGAAACAAUCAAUUCCAUUAUCUGCUAUCUGUAGUAAUAGUGUGUUCCCUCUCUCCCCCUUUUCUCUCCCCAGUACGUCCUUAGAAGGUAGAAAAGAAAAGUCCUCACGCUUUCAUCAAGUGAGGCACAUUUUGGAAGUGGUCAACAAGUUAGGGAAACAUUGUUUCCACAACAUUUCCGAGAACUCUAAAUCAAGAAAUCAAGACUAAGAAGAGAGGCAUGCGUGCUUUCAUUGACAUUUUGGAUCUAUUAGGAACAAAUGAUUUCCUUAAAACUCCUCCCUCAUAGCUAGCUUCAUCUCAUAAUUCUUUCUUCUACAUGUCUUUCUAUUUGUGUCUCUGGGGUCUAUUCAACUAUUUGAAGUGGGUAGUAGUGAUGCCUCUUGGUGAAAUGGCUGUAAUGGGAAAAACCAUGAUGGUUUUAACAUUAACAGGCAGGGUUUUACAUGAUGCUGUGAGCUUCAUCGUCUUCUCUUUUCUAGACAUCCUUGAUCUCGUUCUAUGCUUUGCAUUCAAAGCAGUGGAUUUCAUCAUUGAAGCUGAAUGGAAACCUUGUUAUUGUGCCUCAGCUAAGGAAGCCAUAACAAGUACUGGCAAGAUCUUGGUCUCUGAACAAGGUGAGUCCAAAAUUGUUUGCCUUACUUCUACCAAGUUAAGGUUAGAAGAGAUCUCGGACACCCUUUACACUCGUACUUCAUUAGUGUCUGAGAUUUCAAAAUCAACGGUUAAUGAGCUCAAACGAAUCAAGGUGGAGGGUAAGUCAAGUACUGUCACUGUACAGACAUCCGAGAAGAUCAAGAAAGGAACUAUGAGAUCCACAUUAACUGUCAACUCUACCAUUGUUGAAAUGCUUCAAGGGAAGAUUGGAGGCCAGCACUUACAUCCCAUUUCAAGAUGGUCUGAUUGUGAUUGCAAAUUUUGCACUUCAUGGACCUCUUCUAGCAAAGAAACCCUCUUCGUUAGGGCUGAAGGACCUGAAGAUAAGGGAAAAGGUGAUGUCCUCUUCAUUCAUGGAUUCAUUUCGUCUUCAGCAUUUUGGACAGAGACAUUAUUUCCGAACUUCUCACAUGCAGCUAAAUCAACCUACCGAUUAUUUGCCAUCGAUCUAUUAGGGUUUGGGAGGAGCCCUAAGCCAGCUGACUCCCUUUACACAUUAAGAGAGCAUCUGGACAUGAUUGAACAAUCCGUUAUUGAACCAUACAAAGUCAAAUCCUUCCACAUUGUUGCUCAUUCUUUAGGCUGUAUUUUGGCCCUAGCACUUGCCGUCAAACACCCCGGCUCGGUCAAGUCCUUGACCCUCCUUGCACCACCAUAUUACAAGGUACCAAAAGGUGUCCUAGCAACGCAGCAUGUGAUGAGACAAGUAGCUCCAAGGCGUGUUUGGCCACUGAUCACAUUUGGUGCAUCGAUGGCGUGCUGGUAUGAGCACAUCAGCAGGGCAAUUUGCCUUGUCAUAUGCAAAAAUCAUCGGUUGUGGGAGUUCCUUACCAAACUAGUCACAAGAAACAGGAUUAAGACAUUCUUAAUUGAAGGGUUCUGUUGCCACACCCACAACGCUGCAUGGCACACCCUACACAACAUCAUUUGUGGCACCGGCAGCAAGCUCGAAGGGUACUUGGAUUCAGUCCGUGAUCACCUCAAGUGUGAUGUCAAUAUCUUCCACGGAAAAAAAGAUGAGCUUAUCCCAGUUGAAUGUAGCUACAAUGUUCAACAUAAAAUCCCUCGUGCUCGGGUUAAGGUCAUUGAUGAUGAAGAUCAUAUUACAAUUGUUGUUAAUAGACAAAAGGCGUUUGCCAGGGAGCUUGAAGAGAUUUGGAAGAGAUCAAGUGGUUAAUUAAGACCCUCUUCUUGCUCAAGCUCAAUCAAAGUCGGUUGCCGCAUGCAUAAAUAUUUCCUGUCAAAAUUGGGUAUAAUUAAGUAACCUAAGAUUGGCGUUUUUUUUUAUUUCCUUUACUGCUACUUCAAGUUUGAAGUCUCUCAACUAGGCCAUGUGAAAUGCUUAAUCACUAUAUAGGCCUGUGGAUUUGAUAAGAUAAGCAAAAUGCUCUAAAUGAAAUUAUCUCUCUACAACAUUUUUUUUGAGUUUCUUGGCGCAGUUUACUUUUUUUUUUUCUUGGUUUUUACUUUCAUAUAUAAUGUUCGAUGAAUUGUAUGGUCAAUCCAUAAUAGUGAAACGAUGUUUAAGCAAUAAAUUCGAGUCACACAUUCAUG